AUGGGAGCUUGUACGCAGCGCCUCGUGUCAUCCCUACUGGGGGUUGCGACAGGUGAGGGUGCUGCAUUCCGCUGCCCGAAGGGGGCACUGGCCCUGUUCUCGAGCAGUGCGGUAUCUGCUAAGAACUCUAGUCCCUCCUACGCCGAUGUGUCGCGCCGGGGCGCCGCGCCACAUCUUCCAGCGCCCGCAAGAGUCACACGGAGUGUGACUGCGGUCGCGCCAUCAGCGCCCCCGGCUGGAGUAGCCUGUGCUGCACCGCCACCUCCCCAAGAGGGCCAGCAGACUCCCGCGCCUGCCGGACCCAAGGCCGCUGCAAGCGCAGUCAGGCCCGAAGCCGCCGCGAACGUGCCUGCUGUGCAGGCACCAUCCACCACCUCCGAAGAGAUGAAGUAG